AUGCAUGGGAUCGAUUUCAAAGAGAUUCAGGAAAAGCUCGCCGAUGGUUUCCUCCCCUGGCAACGGUCGUUUCAGUUCUGGGCUCGUACCUCCGAUAUCUACACCGGAUAUAAGGUAUUUCAACUUCGAGUGAGCUUCGUCAAGGAUGCGAAGAAGCAGGAGGAAAUGUGGGAGAAGCAACAUGAACUUGCUGCCCACAAAAUUUACUCUAUGUGCUCUGACCUUGGUGGUUUCUUCCUUAAGGCUGCACAAAUUCUAGGGAAACCUGACCUGGCUCCAGCUGCGUGGGUGAGAAAACUCGUCACUUUGUGUGAUCAAGCUCCGGCUACACCUUUUGAUGCGGUUCGAGCUGUCCUGGAGAAAGAGUUAGGUCAAAGCAUCGGUCAAGUGUUUGAAACAUUUGAUGAUAAGCCUAUUGGGUCUGCUUCCAUUGCUCAGGUUCAUCGUGCAAGAGUAAAAGGUGACAAGAGGGAUGUUGUUGUAAAGGUCCAACAUCCUGGCGUUGAAAGACUGAUGAUGACAGAUAUACGGAACUUGCAGCUUUUUGCACUAUUCAUGCAGAAAACAGAUGUCAAAUUUGACUUGUUCUCAGUAACAAAGGAAAUCGAGAAGCAGAUUGGGUAUGAAUUCGACUUCGAAAGAGAGGCCAAUGCAAUGGAAAAGAUCCGACGUUUUCUCUAUGAUAACAACAGAAAGAGUCCUGUUCUGAUUCCAAGGGUGCUCCCAAAUUUGGUGACCAGGAGGGUUCUAGUUAUGGAUUACAUAAACGGAAUCCCAAUCUUGAGUCUUGGUGAUGAAAUGGCUAAAAGAGGGAUAAACCCUCGUGGUAAAGUGGCAGAUACAGCAAAAAAUAAAAUACUUAGCAGUUUGUCCCAAGCAUAUGGCCAAAUGAUACUGAAGAGUGGCUUCUUUCAUGCUGAUCCACAUCCUGGGAAUAUCUUGAUUUGUAAAGGUUCAGAGGUUGCACUGCUGGAUUAUGGUCAAGUGAAGGAACUACCUGACCACCUGAGACUUGGUUACGCAAAUCUAGUCAUUGCCAUCGCUGAUAACAAUGCCUCAUUGGCAUCACAAAGCUUUAGGGAACUUGGAAUAGUUACAUAUGCAAAGUGUGAGAAUGAGCAGCAAGAACUUCUUCAGUUAGCGAAAACAAUGUUCGACACAAAGAUGCCUCCUGGUGUAUCAGUUAUGCAACCUUUCUCGGAAGACUCUUCCAUCAAAAAGGUUUCUGUUGAGUCAUUUCCAGAGGAACUUUUCUCUGUUCUUCGCACGGUGCUUCUGUUAAGAGGACUCAGCGUAGGGAUUGGCGUUAACAAUUACUCGUGUGCUCAACAAUGGAAGCCUAUUGCACAAGAGGCUUUGCUUGCUUCUGGAAGACUCUCAACAGGUAGAAGAAAGCAGAAGCGUAGAUUUUGUUCUCUCAGGAGCCUAUUCCCAGGAGAUUAA